AUGCCACUCCGUUUGCGGAACGUGCUCUUUGCCGCAGACACCGGCGGUCUCGUGGCGCUCGACCAGUGCCUCAACGCUUACGACCCGCUCCGCCACGCCACCGCCCUCGACAAGUACGCUACCGCCGUCCGCGACGUCCUUGCUGCCCUCUCUGCCCCGCUUGCCGAUGCGCCACCACCGCCUGUUGACCAGAUCCGCCGCUUCAUCCGCCAGAACUGUCGCUACGACAUUGGCCGCGAGGGCUGCCACUGCGUCCACCUCGGCAUGCUUGCCGGCCUUGCUGCCGUCCGUGGUGCCACUCUUGACUCGCUCCGCGAUGUCUUUGCAUCCGCCGCCGCCGCCACCGCCGCCGCACCGGGCACAACAGCGCACUCACCGCCAACAGGCGACCCGCCGCAGCUCGCCUUUGUCCUCGCCAUGCGCGACGUCCUCGCCGCCGCCGGUGACACUGCGCAGGUCCACGCCGAGCUUGCCGAGCUCGCCUCUGCGCCAGCACUCCGUCGGCCUGACUUUGACGCCUCGCUGGCUGCCGACGACGAGGUCGCCGACGAGAUCUCCGAGUUCUGGAAGCUCUCCGAGAGCCUCAUGGACAUGUUUUCUGGCGAUGGUGGAGCCUCGUCCUCGCUCUACGCCACACCGCUCCGCGACGCGGCCCGCGCCCGCGCCGCCGCCUCGUCGGCCGCCACUCCGGGCACACCCAACCUCUCUCCCAUUCCGCCGCCGUCGCUCGGCUCAGACGCCGCCGCAAGCACAGACGCCUCGGCCCCGCGCUCCGCGCCGUCGCCCGAUGGCUUCUCGGCAGAGCUGGACUCGCCUUCGCGGCUUGCUCACCAUCAUCGCCACCACCGCCGCCGCCGCCGCAAGCACAGCUCACCGUCUGCUACGCCCGACGAGCCAUCCGACGCCUCGGCCUCAGCACCGUCGCGCCGACGCAAGCACC